AUCAUGAAAUGUCUAAAAUAUCUCUGAAAAUUUAUAAUUUUAAUUUUGAAUUUGAAGGUUUUUCUCCAAUGGAUCUUUUGAUUUUGAAUUUCCUCCAGCAAGACUUUUCUUAAACUAGACUGAAAAGAGUGUAGAGGAUUUUUUUUUGAUUUUAUCGAACUUUACGCUAUGUCCCAGGAUCGCGAAAACGGGAAUUUUAGAAGUGAUCACAUUGACGAGCGAGGUGACGCAAAUGAUGAGCAAAAUGAUAGCGUGAGUUCGGAAAAAAGAGAGAUUUUACGCAAAUCAGAUGAAAGGCCAUCGUCUCCUGUACCAUCUUCCGGUGCAAGUACCACGUAUCAUCACCCUUCUGUGGGGUCCUCAUGUAGCGGUAGCAUUGGUCCUGGGUCCUCUUCUUGUUCUCUUUCUUUUUAUGAUAAUACGGGAGAACCUGAUAUUGAAAAAUCUCUGGCUUACACAAAUAAUAGAAAUACCAAAGCAGUAGUAAAAAGAACCAAGCAAACUCUCCCUCCUGGAGAAGUAAAUGUUGUUGAGGAAUCCACUGCAUUGACUGAACGUGUUUCUGGAAUGUUUAGAAAUAAGUUUCUUGGAGCAGCAUUAUCACAUGCUGAAGAGGAAAGGCGAAUGCUUCAUAGUCAAACUCCAGAGAGCAUGAUGACUGUUGUGUCAAAUUCAACUUUGAGUUCAGGUAAUACUGAUGCAGAUAAUGAAAAUUUAGAAAAGCUUCAGGACCUUGAUGAAAAAAUGUCACCUGAAAUGAACAGUGGACCUUCAACAAUAAACAGCACUCUGUUGUUUUCUGUGAAAGAUAAAACUUCUUUAUCCGAGACAGAUUUGCUUCACGAGAAGUCCAUGAUGACGAAAGUAAUUGAUGAUGUUCAAAGAUCAAAUUCUGCUCCUGUUAGUUUUUCAUCAACUUGCACUCAAACAGAGUGGAGUUGGAUUGAAGAUAUGAAGAAAUAUGCAGAUAUGAAAUCAAAAGAGGAAUCUUCUCAAACAGAGUUUGAUGAAAGCAUCGAAAAUGAGCAUGAUUUUGAUCCAUCCAAGAUGUCAAAUCCUAAUAUGAAGAUAGAAACAAAAAAUGUUGAAGAUGAGGGAACAAAUGAUAUGUUGCACAAGCCUCCUUUGUUGGAGACGAGUUCAAGUAGUAGUUCAGACGAGGAGAAUGAUUAUAUGGCAAACAGUGACAAAGAGUUGUUCUUACCAAGUAUUGGUCCACCAAAAAUCUUACAGUAUAUUAAGGAAUCAAAAAAUCCACCAUUCACGAACGAAUUUUCUGAUAUGUCAGAAGAGAAUUUUCAUCAGCACAUUUUCCAUGGCGACCAUUCGCUCUUUAAGAAAAUUGAAAAACUACGAAAUCGAUCAACAAAAAACCAAACUGCUAUAGAAGAUUGUGUUGUUUACGAAGAGCACAUGAAACUGCAAGAUAAGUAUCAAGAGGACGAGGACCAUAUUACAGAUGAAUUUAUCGAUAUUCGACCUCAUCCACCUUUUGGUACAAAAGCAGCAAGAAAAGCAGCUAAAGAACGCGCUGCCGCCAGAGCAAGGGAAAGAGAAGCUGACAGACAGAAAGUAUCUGGAGCAGCUGUGAAUUAUUAUUCAAUGACUCGUCAAAUGAAGACGCUGACGUACUCACUGGCAUCAUCAAAAUGCAUGGAAGACGGUUGGACACUGAAACCUUCCACACCAGUUGGUUCUCCAUUUGAAGAUCAUUUGGAACCUUUCGAGAUCGAGAUCAACUCUUCAAGAGCACAGAAAAGAGAAAUAUUCAUGGAAAAAUUCUAUCAAAAUGGUAAUAGAUUGUUGGUUCUUUUUCCAGAUGGAACUGGCUGCUGCUAUUAUCCAAGCGGCAAUCCUGCUAUCGUUAUAUCGUCCACAGAGAAAGGAAAAUAUUCGUACGUUCUUUUAGAGAACACUCACGAACACAGUCGCGACAACACUGGUGUGCUAGGUGUGUUUGAUCCAACUGGUCAUGGAUGUUGCUACUAUCAACAAACUGCAAAGUUAAGGAUGGUGCUGACCCCCUUUGGAGGGACUUUCUUUGACAUAAAAGAACAAAAGAAAAAGAAAUGGUUUUGGUACAAUAUAACCAGAAGCUACGUGCAAGCUCCGCCGUUUCAGCCAAUAACGUUCGCCUGGACGAAGGAGUUAUCUCUACGUUGUAUGGGUCAGGAUUACAUCAUCAUAACUUAUAGUUCCGGUCGACAUACAAUAAGGUUCAACGUUGGCGCGAAAUUAAAGCCAAUUGCAAAGAAAGUGAAAUUACCAAACGAUGAAGAACACCAUGAAACUCAACUGAAGGAAAUAAGGAAGUUUAUCAAUCUGUUACUUGAGCAAGUGCAAACGACAAUACGCUUCCCUCACUCACAUCGAAUCACCAAGCUUUCAAUACCAGAACGACCGAAGCCUAAACCGUUGCCUCAUUUUGACAGCAGUGCAAUAAUAACAGAUGAAAAGACAACUGUCAUCGUGAACUAAAGCAUGUUGCAUGUAGUUGCAUGUAGUUGCAUGUAGUUGCAUGUAGUUGCAUGUAGUUGCAUGGGUGAUGAACAUUUUUACAUUUGUGGUUUAUCACUUAAAUAUACAUAGCUUGAUCAUUGAAAAGUACUACAGCUGGUCAAACAAACAUAGUUACAAUUUGAGGAUUCUUUGUAAAUCUUGUUUACACCGAAAAAUUUUUCGUACCUUUGUUGUGUAGAAAUUCAUGAAAUUGAUAGCAACAAUGAUAUCUAAAGUUCAAAAUUCACCUUUUGAGAGAACCGUACAAUGACGAAAACCAAAUAAAUAAAUCACGGGACGAUA